AUGGGUUCCAGCUUUCUGGUUUCGUUCGGCAAACAAUAUCUAAAUCUAGAUUGGGUCUAGAACUAAAACAAAAAAAGACAACUGAAAUUAAACCAAGCUCAAAGACCGAAAGGCUUGAGAGGUUUGCAGCCUAUAAUGGACGUUAUAUUGGCUCUACAGCCGCGCGACUAGAAAUCCUGUCUCCCCAAAUUAGACAUCCCCAGACUACCGGAUUCCCCUUGAAUUUGGUACUGCGCAUUUGACCAGGGUUAUGCCAUGGUUCCUAGAUCCACGUUCUGGGGAUGCGAUGCGGCUGCUACUGUGAUGAUCCUUUUGCCGUGUCUCCCGGACCGACCUUCCCCUUUUUCCUCUUAUCAUGCUACUUUGAGGUUUGGUUGAUAACAUGCUGAUUCUCACAUGCCCAAAGGGGCAAGCCUAAGUAUCCACCCGGUUAGCCGAAUAACUGGGCAGUGGCAUUUAGGGAGAGAAGAAGGAUAUAUGGAUCUCAGAGGUGAAGGAUUUACCAGAGAAAAAAUAUAUAAAACCCUCCUCCCCCUCUGCCCACAUCACGAUUACUCUGCUCAUCUGCUCCCCAGGUCUUCGAAUCCAGAGAUCCCAAGUGUGCUGUCUCAAACCAGACAACCUCAACGCCACACCAGUUGCACAAGAGUUAAAAAUAUCUCAGAGAAAAGACUCUCAAGAUGCAGAUCCUCACAUGGGCCCUCGCCGCCCUCGCGGCCAUCCCCGCCGUGACUGCGGCCCCCUUCGAGACGGUCGAGGCCUCGUCCAUGGAUGAGUUGGUUGAGCGCUCCCCCAACGUGACUCUCGUGGCCCGCGGCACUCCGUCGUCGACCGGCACACACAACGGCUUCUACUACUCCCACUGGACCGACAAUGCCAACGCAGACGUCACCUACUCCAUGGGAAGUGGCGGUCAGUUCUCGUACACCUGGCGCAACAGCGGCAACUUUGUCGGUGGAAAGGGUUGGAACCCGGGAACUUCUGGCCGCGUCAUCAACUACUCUGGCAGCUACAGCCCCCAGGGCAACUCAUACCUCGCCGUGUAUGGCUGGACCCGCAACCCGCUGAUCGAGUACUACGUGGUCGAGAACUUUGGCACCUACAACCCGUCGUCGGGCGCCACCAACCGCGGGUCCUUCACGUCGGACGGCAGCACCUACGACAUCCUGGUCAGCACCCGGUACAACCAGCCGUCGAUCGACGGCACCCAGACCUUUCAGCAGUUCUGGUCGGUUCGCCGCAACAAGCGCGCGAGCGGGACCGUCACCUUUGCCAACCACGUCAACGCCUGGCGCAACGCCGGCCUCAACCUCGGCAACCAGUGGAACUAUCAGAUCCUGGCCGUCGAGGGAUACCAGAGCAGCGGUUCGGCCAGCAUGACUGUUCGCUAA